CAGAGCACUCGACUAAGCGCUUGGGAAGGACAGGUUGGCAACAUCUAGAGCCGGUCCCUACCCAACAACGGGCAGCAGCAGGAGCCGGAGCCGGUAGUCCACGCCGCUUCCUAGCCCUCAAUGGCUCAGCAACGGGUCCUGCCCCAGAGCAAGGAAACGCUCCUGCAGUCGUACAACAAGAGACUGAAAGACGACAUCAAGUCCAUCAUGGAUAACUUCACGGAGAUCAUAAAAACGGCCAAGAUUGAAGAAGAAACCCAAGUAUCCCGCGCCACGCAGGGUGAACAGGACAACUAUGAGAUGCACGUGAGAGCCGCCAACAUUGUCCGCGCCGGGGAGUCCUUGAUGAAGCUCGUGUCGGACCUGAAGCAGUUUCUGAUCCUGAACGACUUCCCGUCCGUGAACGAGGCGGUCGGCCAGCGCGCCCAGCAGCUGCGGGGCCUGCAGGACGAGUGCGACAAGAAGCUCGUCUCCCUGCGCGACGAGAUCUCCGUCGACCUCUACGAGCUGGAGGAAGAAUAUUACUCUUCGAGCAACAGCCUGUGCGACCCAAAUGACCUGCCUCUGUGCGCUGUCUACUGGAGACGGGACCUCGCCGCCACGCUGUCCCCCGAAGGCCUCUCCGUGCCCCCGCUGGCGUCCACCGCGGCCGAGCCGGGCGCCGGCCCGCCCCCGCAGGGCUCCGGCCCGGCCCGAUCCCACCCCCACGUCAACGGCCACGGGUCAGGGCCCGGCGAUCGUGCCUGACGGGAUUGAGGAGGGACGGACGGGCGGACGGAGGCCCUCCGGCCCCGUUGUCCCCAUUUGGGCUGAACGGCUCGGCUACCGUCUCCUGAGGAGCCAGGGCAGGGAACCACUUGGAGGACUGUCUUCCCGCUCUGGCCGGGACCUUCCGUUUCUCAUCCAAUCCCCCCCGCUCAAUCCCUCCACCCCUCUCAGGGCUCCGAGCCCAAAUCCCACCUCCCCUUGCCCAAGUCCAACCCUUUCCCACUUCCAGAUGGGGACCACGUGCUAGCGACUGAACGUAGCCCUGCAGCAUUGGAAGAAGUAAGAUCCGUUAAGAGGCUCCGGCCUCAGAAUCGAACCCAUAUGGGCAGGAUUGAAAGUUGGGAACUGGGAAAAAAAAACCCCCAAAAACCUCCGGGGUCCAGGCAUUAGCCCUUUCCUUGAGCGGAUCCUGGUCUUGCUUUGUUCAAUCAAUCAAUCAAUCGUAUUUAUUGAGCGCUUACUGUGUACAGAGCACUGUACUAAGCGCUUGGGAAGUACAAGUUGGACAGUCCCUAACCAACAGUGGGCUCACAGUCUAGAAGGGGGAGACGGACUGUUCCUUUUCCGCAGGCUCCGCCCUUCGUUAGCGUACCUCUCUGUCGAUCUGGGAUUCUCUGAGAAUCCCAGAAUCUCCGAGAGUCCCUGGCCCCAAGGCCAGGAUGAAGCUCCGACUCAGCCCAAGACCUUGGACUCGUUUGAGACGGGGCGGGGAGGCUGGACGGGGGAAGGCCGGUAAAGUCUGGCCGUUGGCCGGGGAGAGCGUCAGGGAAGGCCCGGCGGGAAAGGAGACGCUCUCGUGGCUUGGGAUGGAUGUCGGCCCAGGGUGUCGACCCCCCCAAAAUCAGGACCGAUGGUCAGGAUAAAUGGGUCCCCACAACCCUUCCUAAAAGCCAAGGAAAACUUGAAAAUGGGACCUGAUUGCCCCAGCUGAUAUUCCUCCGGCUCACGGCAGCCCGCGCAGAGGGCGGCGUCAGCCUAUUGUUUCACAUUCACUUCUUCCUCCUCCCUCCCACUGUGUUUUGUUAUUUUUGUAACAACAUGGUUGAAUAAA